AUGGCGAUCGUACUUCACUUCAUCCUACUUGUGACAGCGAUAGCCACAGCCGUGGAUGGUACCAUCAGAGAGGCUAAGACCACGAUGUUGAGGGUGGACGGUAACCUCGUGGAGAUACCACUCUCGCCCGGAGGGCCCUACAACACCAGUGGUGGUCCGAUCAUUGAUGAUCCCCGCGUUAUCAAU